AUGGCUGAUUCUCAGGGACCAUUAACCUUCAGAGAUGUGGCUGUAGAUUUUUCUCAGGAGGAGUGGGAAUGCCUGGAUCCAUCUCAGCGAAAAUUGUAUGUAGAUGUGAUGUUGGAUAACUAUGAAAACCUGGUAUCAGUGGGUCUUGCUGUCUCUGAGCCAGAUCUGGCCACCUUUUUUGAACAAAUGAUGGAAAAUUGGGAUGCGAAGGGAAAAAUGACAGUAUUAACCCACCCAGCUAUGCCAUCUGAAGACAACCGGGCCUUAUUGCAAAAGCCAGGAAUAGAAGAUUUGCGCUCUAAAAUAAUACUGAGUGCAUAUAAUGGAAACAGAAGUUAUCAAUGCAAUGAACAUUUGAAAAACUUAAACCAAGAUUCAAAUCCUUAUAAACAUCAGAGAACUCAGAUUCCAGUGAACCAUUAUGAAGGUGGAAAAGUAUUUGACCAAAUGUCAAAUCACAGUAAAAAUCAAGUUAUUGAAAUUGUGGAGGAGACAAACAAACAAAGUAAAUGUGUCAGAUCAUUUAAGCGAUCUUCAAAUCAUAUUGAACAAGAGAAUAUGUACACUGCAGAGAAAGGUUACAAGCAUAAUCUACUUGGGAGAGUCUUCAGUCAUAUGUUCAAUCGAAAUAAACAUAAGGAAAGAUGUACUGGAGGAAAACCUUACAAAUGUAAAGAAUGUGAUAAGUCAUUUAAUUGGCUUUCAAAUCUUAGGAAACAUCAGUUAAUUCAUACUGGGGAGAAGUUUUACAAAUGUAGAGAAUGUGGCAAAGCCUUUAGCCAGUCCUCAAAUCUUACUAAACAUCAUAGAAUUCAUACUGGAGAGAAGCCUUAUAAAUGUACAGAAUGUGGCAAAGCCUUUUGCCAGUCCUCAGCCCUUACUAAACAUCAUAGAAUUCAUACUGGAGAGAAGCCUUACAAAUGUACAGAAUGUGGCAAAGCCUUCAGCAUUUCCUCAAACCUUACUGAACAUCAGAGAAUUCAUACUGGAGAGAAGCCUUAUAAAUGUACAGAAUGUGGGAAAGCCUUUAGCCAUCCCUCAAACUUGACUAAACAUUAUAGAAUUCAUACCGGAGAGAAGCCUUAUAAAUGUACAGAAUGUGGCAAAGCCUUUUGCCAUUCCUCAGGCCUUACUAAACAUCAUAGAAUUCAUACUGGAGAGAAGCCUUAUAAAUGUAGAGGAUGUGGUAAAACCUUUAGCCAGUCCUCAGCCCUUACUAAACAUCAGAGGAUUUAUACUAGAGAGGAGCCUUAUGAAUGUACAAAAUGUCACAAAGCCUUUAACCAGUGUUAAAACUUUAUUGGAAUUCUGAAGAUUCAUACUGGAGAUAAGUCUUAG